AUGUUACAUUACCAGGAAGUUGAUGGUUCAGAAAGUACACUUCUACGUGAUCGCGUUUACGAAGAUUUUUCAAUUUCCUCGGCUAAGUUUACAGCUCAUGGUGAUAAGGUUAUUUUCACUGGGAAUGUUGGCUCUUUCCGAAUUUACAAUUUAGAAACUGGUAGUGAAAGUCGCGCAAGAAGGUUUAUUGGUGCACCCUUUGGUGAAAUCAUCAAUAAGUGUUCCAUUUCAUCUGCUCAUCCAAAUUUGGCUGCUCUUGGCACGAAUGGGAGCACAGUAUACCUAGUUGAUUUACGGAGUUUAGAAAAGAUUUCAGUUAUACAAGGAAGCGGUUUGAUCAAUUCUGUUUGUUUUACUCAGGAUGGGACAUUUUUAAAUACUUAUGGUGAUGAAGGAUCUGUAUAUGUCUUCGAUUUACGCAGUAAUAAGCCCAGAGUUGUUCAUCGUUGGUUCGACCAAGCCAGUACAAACGGCUUGUCUAUAGCUUCUUCACCUAAUUCACAGUGGAUAGCUUGCGGGUCAGAUAGUGGUUACGUGAACCUCUAUAAAUGGACAUCCACAAUGUCUACAGACAAUCCACAACCUGAAAAAGUGAUCGGCAAUUUAGUUACCGGCGCAGAUUCUUUGUGUUUCCACCCGUCGAACGAAAUACUCUGUCUUGCUUCAUCACAACGUGCUGAUGCUGUUCGUUUGUAUCAUUUGAACGAAGGCCUUAUUUUCGAAAAUUUCCCUGUUCGAGUGGGUACUCUACAGAAGCCGACGUCGAUUGGAUUUAGUCCUGGAGGUCGAUAUCUGUGUAUUGGACAGUGUAAUGGUCGAGCUGCACUAUACUCAUUGAAUCAUUACAGCAACUAUUGA